AUGCACAUUGCUACCAUAGUUGCGUCGCUCGUGGUGAUGGCACUCGCCAACACUGACGCCACUCAAGAAGCGGUUGCAUGCAACCUCAAGUGCGGCGAAGGUCGAGCUUGCCGACUGCAAAUGCCCCUGUGCAUCAAUGCAGCGCAGUGCAACCCCAUUCCUACCUGCAUUCCUGAAGAUGCAGAGUGUAUCAAGUGGUGCCCGGACGACGAGAUGUGCAUGUUCGAUUGGGCAAACAACUCGAUGUACUGCGACAGUCUAUGCGCCGCUGUGCGUUGUCGUGCGGGAUAUGAGUGUGAUGUACAACAAGUACAGUGCUUCACGACGCCGUGUCCUCCCAUGGCGGUCUGCGAGCGUUCCGAAUGA